AUGGGCGCUCAUGAAAAGAAAUCAGAGGCAACAAAUGAGCAGGGCUCGUGCGAUAAGUUGUCUUUAAAGUCUAAAAAGAAACGAUCACUGCAUGGAAAGAAGUUGAAAACACUAAUUAAUGCGGCUAAAGAUAUUGCGAAACAAAAGAAACCAUUAACUGCGGUUGCCCAUUUGCACUUGAAACGUAAAUCUAAAACAAAAAUCAUGGAAUUAAAAGCCGCCGAAGAAGUAUUCACGAGUACAAAUAACCUACUACGCUCAGCAUUAGAGCCAAAUCGUGAUUUCAAUGACAAGGGUAUUGAUAAAAGUUUCACGCUAGAUCUAGGUCUUGGACAGAAAACAACGCUUCGAGGCUGCUGUCGUCUACAAAUAAUAUCUGGUGAGAUAAAUAUCAACUGUUUUGAAGCAGCUGAAGGAACCGAGCUUGAAUUUGUUUGUCCAAGUAUUGGUGGUAUGCAAAUUAAUCUCCAAGCGUUGUCUGAUAUUAGCCAAGUACGUGUUAGUAAAUUAGACUUUCUGGAGCUUUCGGCUAUUCAAACAUUGACUCGAUACCAUGAAUUCAAAAAGCUCUUCAUCUUCGAUGACAACAAUUCCGACGCAUUUUGUUCUACGGACACAGAUCUUCACUGUCCACUUGACGAUAAAGUCGAAAACUUCAUUUUGAAAGCAGUCGAAGAUCAAAAGAAUUCUAAGAGGACUAAGUUUUGCAUAUGUGGUACCAAAAAUACGGGUAAAAGUACUACUGGUUUGUUUAUAGCUAACUUGUUACUGACUUCUGAACAAUUUGAAAGUGUAAUAUGGCUAGAUGUAGAUAUCGGACAACCGGAGUUUACCUUACCAGGGUGUGUAUCAGUAUUGGAGUUAACGGAACCCGUUUUCGGUCCAAGUUUUUGCCAUAUGAGAAAGCCGGCAAUUUCUUACUUUGUUGGGGCUGUGAACAUUGCUGAUGUUCUUAUUAUGUAUCUAAAUGCAGUUGAGUCCGCAAUCGAAUUUGUUAACAAAAAUUUCAAAUCGAGCAUUCCUGUAAUUUUUAAUAUGCCUGGUUGGCUCGAAAUUGGCCUAGGUUUCGAAAUUACUUCUAAUGUUAUAAGAAUACUUCAACCUACACAUACGGUUCAAUUUAUAGUUGAAGGAACUAACGUUGUUGAAAUGGAUCCUCAUACUGUUAUGUCUUGCAGCAAUUUGCGGCCGAACACAGCGUUGGGAGAUGUCAAUUUUGAACUGCUGGCAAUUACUCUAACGAGGCCACAUAAAGCUACCAGGUCACAGAAUGCUUCUAAUGAACGCCAGCUGCGUUGUCUGACACAUUUCCAUCAAAAAAUGGAAUCGUUGACAUUUUCGGGAGAUAAUCAUGAACAAAAAACUAGCAUAACUCUGUUAGACUUCCCAAGAAAAUCUGUCUCCUAUGUUGGAAAAGUUUUGGAAGUCUGUCCAAUAAAUGCAUGCUUCAAUCCCAAAUUAAUUUUGAUGGCUUUGAAUGCGACACUGGUGUCAUUUUGCAAGCUUGAGGAAGGAUCAAGUUUCGUUAAUCCUAUUUCGGUCGAUGACGGGGCAUUUCAAGUGGCAACGGAGGAGUGUCAAAAGAAGAAUUUGAGAAUGGUAAUCGGAUUUGGAAUUCUAACAGAUAUUAACAAAGAGAGUGGUACGAUGUUAGUUAUCACUGAUCUCUCCGAAGAGGAGUUACACAACUGUCCAAUCAUCAGCAAAGGUAGUUUGCCGAUACCUCAGAGUGCAAUGUUGCAUCAAGAAAGUACAUACUGGCAGGGCUUAGGAUCGUGUAAAAGAACGCCUCCAUAUGUAACUGCUCUUCAUCCAAGAGAAUUAAAUGCUGGAGGUAUGGCGUCCAAGAGGAAAUUCCAAUCAAAGAUGAAAACUUAUUAAAAGCUUGACCAUUCAUUUUAUUGUGUUUAUGUUAUGAAUUAAUUGAACGAAAUUGAAAUCUUGAUUGA